GUGUAUGUGCCUCUAAAUCUAACAACUGAAUCUUUUAUUUUGAAGGCGCAACAAGAAGGGAGUCGCGUCCGGUGUGUCUCUCUCGAGCACUUUGACGGUUGGCGGUGUGAAUCCGGUCUGGAGGAAGAUAACGGGAUCCUGGCGGCAUAGAAACAAAACAAAAACAACAAAAAUCAUCGCUGCUGCUGCUCGUUGUGUUUUUGUUUUGUUUUUUUAAACAGUCUGACGGUGUCGUCUUGUCUCUAACGGUCGGCCGUUAGUCCGCCGGGCCCGGGCCUCGAACCGCCUCUCUCUCUGUGUCUCUCCGUGUCUCUCUCUGGUGAUAUUCGCUAUAAAUGGAGAGCUCAGCUGCGGCAGCUUAAAGCUAAACCUGACGAUGAUGAUGAUGAUGAUGAUGAUGCAUCGGUGGAUUUAUCCCGGCGUGUCUGACUGAGAUGGAGCUCAAGUUUGCCUAAGUGCUAGUUAGCACCAGCCGAAGAAGAAGCGACGAACCGGGAUUUACCUCCUCCUCCUCCACCACCUCCUCCCUCCUCCUCCUUCUUCUUCUCCUCCUUGGAUAAGCUAAAUGGGUGCAACUGCCGUUCUAUCGCGCCGGGUUUGUCGUCACAUUAUCGGACACUUCCACGCCACAGCCCCCCGGAGGAUUUGAUAAAGACACCGUGUGUCAACUAGCAUUAAAAUGCUAACUUAACCGUUUUUUGUUUUGUUUUUUUUUUUGGUCGGUGGGGGGUGGAGAGAGAGAGAGAGAAAAAGAAAGAGAGAGAGAGGUCCAAGCUACACGUGACACAAUUUAUAACCCGCUAUAUCUUUUUUUUUUUUUUUUUUUUUCCUGGAUGCUUCAGCGAUAAUCAGGACCGGUGUGUAUCAGGAUGGCACAGCUCUUGGACGGGGCCGGCAAACUGGGCUGGGUUCUGCUCAAGGCUGUGCUCCGUUUCGUCUUCAUGUUCAUCAACAACUGUGUAGCCAUCCCGUCCUACUGCCUGUACCUGCUGCUCCUGCAGCCGCUGAGAAUAUGGGACAGCUCUGCUUUCUGGCACGUCGAAGGAGUCAUGUUCAAAUGGUUGCUGGCCAUGGUGUCUUCCUGGGGCUGGAUCGCAGGUUACACAGUAACGGAGUGGGGCGACGACGUACGGCCCAUCUCUGAAGAAGAAGCCAUGGUCAUCGUCAACCACCAGUCCACAGGAGACGUGUGCACCCUCAUGAUGUGCCUGCAAGAUAAGGGCACGGUGGUACGAAAAAUGAUGUGGUUGAUGGACCAUGUGUUCAAAUACACCAACUUUGGCCUCGUGUCUCUGAUCCACGGGGACUUCUUCAUCAGACAGGGUAAAGCUCACAGAGACAAGCAGCUGAUCUACCUGAAAGAUCACCUAGACAAAUACUACCACAGCCGCGACAGGAAGUGGAUAGUGCUGUUCCCGGAGGGCGGCUUCCUUCGCAAGCGACGGGAAACCAGCCAGUUGUUUGCCAAGAAGCACUCCCUCCCCCACCUGACCCACGUCACGUUGCCUCGUCUCGGGGCCACCCACGUUAUUCUGAAAACCCUCUCAGCCCAGCAGGAAAAUGGCAGCGUGGGCAGCGACACCGGGACCCCGAACCAGACAGGUAAUAAACGUAAAGGCCUGCAGUGGGUUAUAGAUGUGACCAUAGCGUACCCCAAAGCCAGACCCAUGGACAUCCAGACCUGGAUCUUUGGCUACAGGCCUCCUACAGUCACGCAUGUACACUACAGGAUGUACCCGAUAAAAGAGGUUCCUAUGGAGGCAGAGGCCCUGACUGACUGGCUGUAUCAGAGAUUCGUGGAGAAAGAAGAGUUGCUGGCUCACUUCUACAACACAGGAUCAUUCCCUCUGGAAGACGGACAGAAGGCGGCGGUUUCCCGGCAGAUGACCCUGGACCCCGUGCGGCUGUGCGUCAUCCAGUCGUUGGCGUUCGCCUCGGGCUUCGUGUGGUACAGCGUCCUCCAGUACCUCUACUGCUGUUUAUUCUGAGUGCGCUGAUGAGGCGAGAGUCUUUUUAAUCGGACCACUGGAAAAAAGCCUCAGGAUCGGUCGGUGUGUGGCCCAGCGUCAUACAUGCUCCUCCUUCACCUCCACCUUCUCCCCCCCACCUCUACGAUGGAUGAAUGUACAUUUACAACAGUGGAGAGAGACUCGAAACAGGAAACGGAAGCAUAGGAAGUACACGGAUUACAGAUGUAGAAGACGAAACUGGUCACAGGCAUAGUUAACCCCCACCCUAACACCACACACUCGCUCCAACGGCCUAGCAGAAUAAUCUCUCGCACUCGUCACGACUCACCUUUUUUGAUGUUUACACGUCCUCAUACACGUAGACGCUCACACGUAACAUGACUUUUUACUGGAAGUUGACGACACGAGGCUCAGGACUCGUCCAGAAGACGCUCUGGACUCUCGGACUCUCUCUUCCCCCUCCCCUCUUCUCCUCCUUUAGGCUUUAGCCGUCGUAGUUUUACAGAGUAUAAAGUACGUAUGGACGCGUGCCUGCGUGAAUAUAUGUGACUAGAAGCAAAAUCUGCCCUUGUUCUUCUUCCUGGCGAGAGUUGAUGAAGCCCACUGGACCUCUCUUUGAGCCCGGCUGGCCACACCUUCCAGAGCGAGCGAGCGAGCGGCGGUAUGAACGCUGAGGCCGUGCAGCAGGCGGCCGCUCCUCUGGCCUUCAUUGCACUAAGGAUCCAUACUGCCCUAACUGCUCCCUGUCCCAGGAACAUAAUAUUCCUGAGUGUGGUAGCUGUCAAUGUUUUAAUUUCCCUUUUUUUUGUUCUCUCCUCCUUUAACCCGCAUAUCUCCACAACAAUUGUAUUUGUUGUUGUCUUUUCUGUUCUCCCUCCGCCCUUGUCUGUCUGUCUGUCUGUCGAGGCAGUAUUCUGAGCUCACUGAGGGGAAAUUAAAAAAAGGGGGGGAUCAUGUUUACACUGGCGGCCCCGCUGAAAGCCCAAAAAACAGAGAUGACGGCUAUGACGCGGCGCUGGAUUAUUAUUUUUAUUUUUAUUUUUUUUUUGGAAGGAUCGCUUCUCUGUGACGGAGACGGUGCUGUAGUGCUCAUUUUUUUUAAAAAACAAAUCAGCUUCAAACAUUUCUGCUCUCCAACACACUUUCCACAUGUGCACACGGAGCCAUGUGCAGCUACAGAGUUUAGACGAAGGAUCAUCUCAGCGAGCCAGACUGAGAAGGAAGCCAGAGACUCUUACCCCCCUCUCCUCUCUCUCUCUCAUUGGACUACAUAGUUUUACAAAUAUUUAAGCCAUAAUGCUUAGUGUUGUCGGGGCGGGGAAAAGACACGGAGAGGAGGAAAAAAUUUUUGUUUUGUUUUUUUUAUAGAAAGCUACCCUAAUGUUCAGCAUUCUAAAAUAGAGAUUUUGGCUUACAGAACUAUAGGUGUCAUUACUGUAAAUUUACAGCAUAACCUGCCUAAGUGAGUGUGUGUGGUUGUCUUUUUUUUUUUUUUCUCCUCCCCCCUUCCUCCCAUUUUUUUUUUUUUUUUUUUUUAUUUUUUUGAUAUAUACGAUUCAUGUCGUGGUCGCUCUGUGUGACGUCAGAGCACGGCGGCAGAUUUCACCCGCGAGUGGUCGAGGAGGAUUUCAAAAAAAAAAAAAAAAAAAAAAAUUAAAAAAUUUUUUCCAAUUUUUUUUUUUUUUUUUAUUUAAUUUUAAAAUUGCAUAAAAACUCGUCGUCUCCUCACGUCCAUGGUAUGUUUAAAAAUCUUGUACAUAACAAAGCUGAGGAAGGAGUUUUCAUUGUUGGAAAUGACUGCAGCGUCUCUCUCUCUCUCUCUCUCUCUUUUGGUCCGUGAUAAUUUCAGAGAAUUUUAGUUUAAAAAAAAAAAAAUAUCAUGAAUGUUUUUUUAAAAAAACAAACAAAAAAAAAAUGACGAAAGCAAAGGAUUUUCCCUUCACUUCUCAGUGUUAUCCUGUAUUUUUUUAUUUAUUUUUUUUGUUUUUUGUUUUUUGUGUGUGCUUCGAGACAUUACAGCUACUGACCAGUGUCACAGUUUGUACAUCGUUUUAAAUAAAUCAGGAUUUCUAGUGGGGAAAACCUCGACUAUCAAGCCUUACCUGAUGUCCCGGUGGACCGCGCUCUCAAAUCUGCUUCCUCGCACUCCCGACAAAAACAUCCGAGGUGGUAUUUUUUUGUUUUGUUUUGUUGUUUUUUUUGUUGUGAUGAUGGUUUCACAGCAAACUUUCAGGAGGGAUCGCACUCUUCUGCGACGAGGGAAACUCUGGCAGGGCCUCUGCGAGUGACGCAGCAGCUCGUGGUUGUUGUGGUUCACUGAGGUCUGUCAUCUGUGAUGUGCUUUGAUUAGGAAAACUCUUGAGGAAGAGGCAAAAAAAAGGUGCAUUGUUGUAGUUUACUGCCCCUCUCUCUCUCUCUGUCUGGUAGAAACUGUGUGAAACGCAACAAAAAAAAGAAAAAGGGGGUUACCUGUCUGGAUAGGUAACGGCUGAUUCAUCCAGCGGCCCUUUCAGAUUCCCCUCCAUCGUGAGAGUGACUUGAAAUAAAAGUUUCGUCUUUCUUCUUAUUUUUGUUUUGUCACCCUUUCACUUUUUAUUUUUAUUUUAUUUUUUAUUUUCUGACCAUGUUUCCAAAGAAGGCAGGGAAAUAAUGUUUUCCUAGAUGUGGUUUUAGGAAAUAAACACAAUAGGGAUUUAAAAGAAAUUAUACUAGAACUGUCUGUAAUUUUCCAUUUUGUACUUCUCCUUUAAUUCCUAGCUACACAGCCAUUUUACAACACAAAAGACUUGUGCUGGAAUAAAACAUCAUAAAGAUCC